AUGGAGAAAUAUGUGGGUGUCACCGAUGAUAAGGUGAGCGGUUAUAUAAGUGACGAUGUUGCAUUAUCCAUCUUAUCAAAACUCCCUUGGAAAUCUUUAAAACGAUUUGAAUGCGUGCGUAAGUCAUGGUCUCUUUUAUCUGACAAACCUAAUUUUAUGAGUUUGUAUCGCCACAAUUUCUUCUCUAAAUAUUCUUAUGAAGAUGAUACAUCUCUUAUCCUACAUCUUCAUGAUCACGAGACAUUGUGUUCUCUUUCUGGGGAGCGUUUUGAGAAUAUGGUAGUGCUAGAUUUGCCAGAACAAAUCGACCACUUCAAAUUUUUUGGUUUUGGUUGUGCUAAUGGCAUACUUUGUUUUGAAGAACCCUCUGAUAACAAAAUUGUAUUGUGGAUCCCAACUACAAAUGAAUUGAAGAUCAUUUGUAUAAGCCCUUUUGAGUCAUUUUCCCCACCUGUUACCCUUAAUUUUGAUGCUCCAGUUAUUUUUGUUACUAAUCCUAAUCUUCAUGGAUUUGGUUAUGACUGUGUUGGAGAUGACUAUAAGUUGAUUCGUAAUACAUCUGUUAGUUGUAAGUUCCACACUUUUUGGCCAUCUGAUAGAGAUUUAUUAUUAGGGCAAGAUAAAUCAUUGAAGCCCUUUUGGGAGACUUAUAGCUUAAAAACCAACUCUUGGAAAAAGCUAGAUAUUGAUAUGCCUAGUUGUGCUAAGCACAAUUCUGGUUUUGGAACUUUUCGAGUAUACCUUGAUGGAGUAUGUCAUUGGUUAAAUUUGGAUAAAGAAAAUAAUCAUGUUGGGGCAUCUUUAAUAUCCUUUGACUUGAGAAAUGAGGUGUUCAUUAACACACCCAUUCCCCCAUUCGCCAGAGAGCAGUGGAUGGGACUGUCGGUCAUAAAUGACUCGAUUGCUUUGUUCAAACAUCAUCAAAAUAUGCCUACUUUUAACAUAUCUAUCUUUGAUAUAUUAAUUUUAGGUGAAUUUGGUGUCAAGGAAUCAUGGUACAAACUCUUCACCGUUGGACCACUCCCUUGGUUUGAAAUUCCUAUCGGAGUAGGAAAGAAAGGUGAAAUAUUCUUCAGAAAAGAAGACUCUGAAUUAGUUUGGUUUAAUUUAAAAACCAACACGAUUAAGCACCUUGGUUUCAAACCAGGGCAAGUUAAUCGUAGAGGUCGGAUAGGAAUUUAUAACAAAAAUAUGUUUUCCAUUGGAGCAACAAACAAUUAG